AUGCCGCUGACUAACAAGAACCGUCGGAUCAAUAUCAUAAGAUUGCUCGUCGUCUUCUGCUUUCUUACGAUCGCGCCAGCAGCAGGAAACUGGAGUAACCGAACUCGCCGAAGCAGCCCGAGGGUUCAACACGCGUACUACUCUUAUCCUCAUCACCGUUCAUGCGAAUCUUUCUCUCGUCCUUACGCACGCUCUAUGUGCAUUGAGCUCGAAAGAAUCCACCGAAGCAGUCGACAACCGCUUUUCUCUCCUCCGCCCCCUCCGUCGGAGAUUGACCAAAUGUACGGCGUCGACAAAAGACUCGUCCCUUCUGGCCCAAACCCGCUUCACAACUGA